AUGGUACUCUUAGUAGCUAAGAUCAACAAGCUCUAUUCGAAGCUGGAGAAUUUCCAAUCAUCUGAGACUUUAUCAGCUUCUCUUGAGGCAUUUCUCUCUGAUGUCUCAAAUGGCUUGAGCAAGCUUUCAUCUUCUGGGUCAGAAACAAUUAUGUCGUUUUCAUGGAUUCAGCAGCGUUUUGAGCUCAUCUCUAUGACCAACAAGGCCUUUGCCAAGCUUGUUGUGGCCAUAGACCAUCCUUUGAGCAAGUGGGGAGCCUCUUCUGUGGAGGAAUAUCUCAGCUACACCCUCAACUUGCUUGAGCUUUUCAACUCCAUUACAGCUUCUCUUUCUCACCUUGGCCAAGCCAGGCUUUUGUUGUCUUAUGGCUUGAGAUUGGAGGAGAAUUCCCCUGAUUUGGCUUUGAAAUAUCUCAAGGCAAUUCAGUCAAUGAGCUUGAAGAAGGAGUUUAGAAGAAGAGAGAGAGAGGAGAGAGAGAAAGGGUCUUGCUCAAGCAAAGAAGAGGUGAUCCACAAAGCUGUGAUGGUUAUGGAGAGUUUGGGAUUUUGGGUAUGUGGGGUUGUGUUGUCUUGUUUGUGUGGGGGUGAUAAUUCCAAGGAAUAUGGUGAGAUGAGGAAAUUUGGAGGUGGGUUUUUGGAAGCUUCUUUUGGUGGAUUGGAUUCAAGUACUUUUGAGCUCAAGGAAGUGAAAGAGGUGAAUCACUCAGUGGCUUGCCUUGAGGCUGCAAUAAUUGGAAAUGGGGAAAGGAAUGGUGAAGCUGAGGAAUUUAGGAGGAGAUUGGAGGUGCUUGAGAAGGUUCUAGAAGGUUUUGAGAAUGAGGUGGAUAGUCUCUUCCAUGAGGUUUUGAGAGGGAGAAAUCUGUUGCUCAAUGGCUUUCAACAGAGAAAAGAAUAG